AUAGUCGAGGCCAACUCAUCAUUUCGAGAUUCUCAACUAGCGGUAGUUUUUCUCUCACACCUGGCCGCAUUACCGCAGACGUGAGGACUGCCCAUUAAGUUGACCUAACACACCGGUAACUUACACGAUCGACUUCAUAGAUAAUAAAAUACACAAUCGUAUUGGAUCAAAUUAACAGCAGAAGUAGCAGCGCGUGGGCAGUUGGAAUAAAAAGUUUCACUGGAAUUUUAUGUGCUCUGACCUAUAUAUUUUGUUCUAUUAGAUAGUAGUCGCGUACCGAAAACAGAAAAAUGCGUGAAGUCAUAUCCAUCCAUGUUGGUCAAGCCGGUAUCCAGAUGGGCAAUGCCUGCUGGGAACUCUACUGUCUGGAACACGGCAUUCAGCCUGACGGCAACGUGAUAGAGAAUGGAUCCAAUGGAGAGAGUUCCAUGCACACGUUCUUCAGUGAGACUGGCUGUGGUAAACACGUACCUAGGGCUCUGUUAGUUGACCUGGAGCCAACAGUAGUAGAUGAGGUCCGAACUGGUACCUACAGACAGUUGUACCAUCCUGAACAGAUGAUUAGCGGCAAAGAGGAUGCUGCCAACAACUACGCCAGAGGUCACUACACUGUCGGCAAGGAGAUCAUUGACCUGGUCAUGGACAGGAUACGAAAGUCUGCUGACCUUUGCAGUGGUCUUCAAGGCUUCUUGGUCUUUCACAGUUUUGGAGGUGGCACAGGUUCUGGUUUUACAUCUCUGAUGAUGGAGAAACUGUCGGUUGAUUAUGGCAAGAAAUGCAAAUUGGAGUUUGCUAUCUAUCCUGCACCACAGAUGUCCUCUGCAGUGGUGGAACCCUACAACUCCAUCUUGACCACACACACUACCUUAGAACACACAGACUGCACUUUCAUGGUAGAUAAUGAGGCCAUCUAUGAAAUUUGUCACCGCAGCCUGGACAUUGAAAGACCCUCUUUCAUCAACCUUAACAGACUCAUUGGUCAAGUGGUCUCAUCGAUCACAGCAUCUCUCAGGUUCGAUGGAGCCCUCAAUGUUGAUUUAACAGAAUUCCAGACAAACCUUGUGCCAUAUCCCAGGAUUCACUUCCCUAUAAUAACCUAUGCACCAAUCAUUUCAGCAGAAAAGGCUUACAGUGAGAGAUUGUCUGUGGCAGACAUCACCAACACUUGCUUUGAGCCACACAGCCAGAUGGUGGUGUGUGAUCCUAGACAUGGAAAAUACAUGGCAUGCUGUAUGCUUUUCAGAGGUGAUGUGGUUCCCAAAGAUGUUAGUGCAGCUAUUGCCAACAUCAAAACCAAGAGAUCCAUACAGUUUGUUGACUGGUGUCCCACAGGGUUCAAGAUUGGCAUCAACUAUCAACCUCCAACAGUCGUGCCAGGUGGAGAUCUGGCCAAAGUGGAGAGGGCAGUUUGCAUGAUGAGCAACACAACAGCAAUAGCAGAGGCCUGGUCUCGGCUGAAUCAGAAAUUUGACCUGAUGUAUGCCAAGAGAGCUUUUGUUCACUGGUAUGUUGGUGAAGGUAUGGAGGAAGGAGAGUUCCACGAGGCCCGCGAGGACCUGGCCGCAUUAGAAAAAGACUAUGAAGAGGUUGGCGCCGACACUGUAAACGGUGCAGCGGAAGAAGAAGGCGAAGAAUAUUAACUCCAACAAAGAAGAGGAAGGAGAAAGAGAUAUAUUUAUGAAGACUGGAGAGCUAUAUUAAAUAUGUUUAAUGUAAACAAAAUGCAUUAUUAUAAGUAUUUCUUACAUCAAAAGUCUUUCUAUUUUCUUAAACUAUAAAAAAAAAAUUACAUUAUUGAGAGAGCAUCUUGUUAGAAACCCUUUUGUUGGAGAAUGUUUAUAAAUAUGACUGUGGUUAGUUAUAAGAUAUGUGGAAAGAACUAUGUUGGUCGAUAUGUUUCUAUAUGAUUUAUAUGUUGGUAAGCGUGUGUGUGUGUGUAAUAUUUGCCCUUGUUUUGCUUCAAAUUUAAAGAAAUUGGAAUGGGUUUAAAUUUAGUAUGAAAUGGUUAAUGCUAAUGGAACCUUGGUUGUAUGUUCAAGAGAUUCAUUUUUCUUUGUCUGGCUUUAAGUUUGUUUCUUCACCAUUUCUUUUUAUAUGCACAGUUCAAUCAAACGUUCAAACAUGUUUGUAUACUUUUUUGUUGUUGCUAUGACUUGAGUUCCUGUAUAAUUUGUACCAACUUCUAAGCCAGAACUACAAAUAGUCUUUGAAUAAAUCAAACGUGCAUAACAACCAAGUUUUCAGUUCGGUUCAGAUGUUUAGUCAAAUAAAGUCAUAGGUUUAAUUUCACUAAACAAUGUGAAAUCAACUUAAACCAGUGGUGCACAACUUUUUUUUCAGUCUAGAAGCCUAAUUAUUUUCCGAUAUGUGUCAGGGGCAGCAACACUGCUUAAAAAAUCUAAUACUAUGAAACUGAGCCUCUGCGAUUUUUGUGUCCACUCUGUACAGGUAUUCUGAAAGGCAUGGUAGCACAACAUUUUGAAUAGAACCUACAGAUCCUAGUUUGGGUAUAACUGAAUUGUGUAUACAUUACACAACUUAAGACUGUAAAUUUAAACAAAGGCUAAAUAAUGUUCAUAAAAAUCUAUAUGUUGCAAUUUCAAAAUAAAAAAUUGUAGCACUGAAUUAUUUAUUAUAUUAAAUGAUACAUAGUUUUAUUUUGAAUAUAAUAAAAAUUCAUAUUUAUUUCUCAUGUCAGAUGUGUGUGUAAAGUUUGUUAGUGGUUAAUAAUAUGUGUGGGUCAGUGUGUUGUGCUUUAGUUUGCCUUAGGAUCUAUGAGGGUGAAUGGUUUAUGGGAACUUGUGGAUAAAGAAUUGUUUCUUUAACUCUCUUGAUCUCCCCUGUGUGGUCAAGUGUGUGUUUGUGUGCCUGUCAGUUUGCAGAGAAUAACCAUAAACUGUUUGACAGACAUUGAACUGUGCUGAAUGUGUAUUGCUCCACGCAUUGUACUGUGUCUGUAGUGCUCCAUGCAUUGUACUGUGUCUGUAGUGCUCCAUGCAUUGUACUGUGUCUGUAGUGCUCCAUGCAUUGUACUGUGUCUGUAGUGCCCCAUGCAUCGUACUGUGUCUGUAGCGCUUCAUGCAUCGUAUUGAGUGUUUAGUGCUCCAUACAUUGUACUGUACUGUGUGUGUAGUGCUACAAACAUUGUACUGUACUGUGUGUGUAGUGCUCCAUACAUUGUACUGUACUUUGUGUGUAGUGCUCCAUACAUUGUACUGUACUUUAUGUGUAGUGCUCCAUACAUUGUACUGUACUGUGUGUGUAGUGCUCCAUACAUUGUACUGUACUGUGUGUGUAGUGCUCCAUACAUUGUACUGUACUGUGUGUGUAGUGCUCCAUACAUUGUACUGUACUGUGUGUGUAGUGCUCCAUACAUUGUACUGUACUGUGUGUGUAGUGCUCCAUACAUUGUACUGUACUGUGUGUGUAGUGCUCCAUACAUUGAACUGUACUUUGUGUGUAGUGCUCCAUACAUUGUACUGUACUUUGUGUAGUGCUCCAUGCAGGGAAUCGUCCAGUGGUAUAAGCUCUUUCUUAAGUCGGUUGUUGCUGUUACCUUUAUACAAAAUGAUUCUGUUUGCUUUAAAAAAAAAUUGAAAUAAUAAAUAAUAAAAAAAAUAAUUUUUAUAAAAUAAAAUCGCAAUAUUUAUUUUUUUAAA